UCAACAGCUGACACUUGAAUGUAAUCGAUGAAUGUCAAAUCGAUUUAUCGUUUGAAUUACAUCCCUAGCUGUUAUGCAAAAACGCCAUUUGUCAAACUUGUCAGCAGCAAUUGGCGAUAAUUUGUAAAUAAUGGAUGCUGCUAAGAAGCAAGAUAUGCCCCCACCAGGAGGCUAUAAGAAAAUUCCCUUUGCCCGUGUGCCUGCCAAAGUUUACUUCACAGGUUGGCAAAUGUUGGGAACAUACGCUGCUGUUACCACAGUAGGGUUGUACAUUUACUAUUUGAACGCCAAGAUGAUUAAACGUGAGGAAAUUGAAAUGCGUUCGGCUGAGAAUGUCAUUUUCCCCGUUUUGAUUGCUGAACGCGAUCGUGAAUUCUUGAAGCAAUUGAGACGCAAUCGUGAUGAAGAAGCCAAGUUAAUGGCUAAUGUUCCCGGCUGGGAGGUUGGCACCUGGUACGGCGAACCUAUUUACAAAACAUUGCCCAAGGAUAAAUUGGUUAGCCCCAGCUUCCAAGAAUUCUAUGCCCAUACCGACUGGAAGGCCCUUGCUAAACGUGCCCACAUCAAAUUGUGGUCUUAAAUAUUUUAUAUGCAACCAUCUGGUCCAUUUUGGAAAGAUGAUGGAACUGUCUACUAAAAUGCAGCCAAGCUUUUCUUUAGUUUUAAAUUUAUAAAAAGAGCGUGAGUGGUUCCUCGGAAUCCCCAUAGGAAAUUGUUGAAUAAAUGGUAACUUUAAAAGAAAGAAA